ACCAUGUCAUGAGAACAUUCAAGCAGUCCCACGGUGAAGCCCAUGUAUAGAGGAACUGAGGUCUUCAACCAUCAGCUGGACCCAACUUGACAGUCAUGUGAGUAAAGCAACUUGAAUGUAGACCUUCUAGGCCCAACUACAUCAUCAGAUGACUGAAACCUCAUCCAACAUCUGACAGCAACUUUAUGAGACAUUCAGCGAGAGUCUACCCGAAGAUACUCCUGAAUUCGUGACUCACAGAAGCUGUGAGAGAUAAGUGUUAUUGAGCCGGAAUCCCUGGACCCUUUUUUCUUUCUCCCCCAAUGAGACACAGGAAGACUAAAAGGGGCUUAAAUCACCCAAUUGCUCCUCUUCCAAGUCAGAAUCAAGAGGGAAUUUUUCUCUGAUCUUCAUGGAGAGAACCUGGAAGGACUUCUGAAGAUAAUUGUUACCAGCAAUAAAAAUUUGACAACUAUUGAUCUAGAAUAUGAUUCUCGAGCCUGGCUUCACAACAGGAUCACCUGGAGGAGAAAAUGAUCCUUAAUCCACAUCCCCAGAGAUUCUAUUUCAGCUGGCCGGCCGUGGGGUCCAGAAGCUCUUGAAAAGUGCAUCAAGUCUAAAGUGAACCGGCUCACUCUUGGGCAGUACUGGAACCAUGAGCAAUAAUGGAACAGACUUAACCACUGGUUUCAUCUCCUCUUCUGUGGCUGUCCUUUUGUUUGGCUCAAACUUUGUACCACUCAAAAAAUAUGAUACUGGUGAUGGAAUGUUUCUCCAGUGGGUACUUUGUGCUGCCAUAUGGAUGAUUGCCCUGGCGGUCAAUCUGAUACUACAUUGCCCUAAAUUUUGGCCUUUUGCAAUGGUUGGGGGCUGCAUUUGGGCAACAGGGAAUGUUGCUGUUGUCCCAAUUAUCAAAACCAUUGGUUUAGGCCUUGGAAUAUUAAUCUGGGGAUCUUUUAAUGCCUUAACUGGCUGGGCAAGCUCAAGGUUUGGCUGGUUUGGAAUGGAUGCAGAAGAAGUGUCAAAACCAGUGCUAAAUUACAUUGGAGCUGGAUUAUCGGUAGUAAGUGCUUUCAUAUUUUUGUUCAUCAAAAGCGAAAUACCAAGCAGCACGAGUUCUGUGGACACCACACCGUUAAUGACAGAGCAUGUGAUCAACAAAAUUCAAGAUCCCUGUCGUGACUAUUCCUGGGUGGAUAAACUCUCUACACUGCAACAGCGCAUAGUGGGCUGCAGUCUUGCAGUGAUAUCUGGAAUACUCUACGGGUCUACGUUUGUGCCAAUAAUUUAUAUAAAGGACCACAGCAAAAGAAAUGAUAGCAUAUACACAGGGGCAAGCCAGUAUGAUUUAGACUAUGUUUUUGCACACUUCAGCGGCAUCUUUCUUACGAGUACAGUCUACUUUUUCGCCUACUGUAUAGCCAUGAAAAAUAACCCUAAGCUAUAUCCUGAAGCAGUCUUGCCAGGUUUCCUGUCAGGAGCUCUUUGGGCAAUAGCUACCUGCUGUUGGUUCAUAGCUAACCACUCUCUCAGUGCUGUGGUCAGUUUUCCAAUAAUCACUGCUGGUCCAGGAUUUAUAGCUGCAAUGUGGGGUGUCUUCAAGUUUAAGGAAAUACAGGGUCUACAAAACUACCUAUUGAUGAUAUUUGCAUUUUGCAUCAUCUUGACUGGAGCAUUAUGCACGGCUUACUCUAAAAUCUAACAGGCAUAAGACCAGCAGAUGGCAGCAGUGGGUAAGAGAACACCACUACGGGACUCCACAAAUAUGCCAAGGACAGAGUUCAUUUUCAUACAGCAAAUGGAUCUCCACUUGUCUUGGACUGGGUAAAUGAUUUUUUUCCCCACAAAUGUGAAAAUAAAGAAAACUAAGUUUCA